AUGGCUAGCACUGACCAAGACUGGAUACCGGAAGGCCUCCUUCGUACACUGCAUGUAAUCUGGCCGUCUGUCAACCCUGAGGGUUUCGAUUUUGAAGACGACCCAGCCGGGCCCCAGCUUCUGGAUGACUUGAGGUGCUUCGACUGUGAGCAUCAAAAUUCACUUCUCUUCAGUCCUGCGCCGAGCUCUCCCAGCGAUACACACAGUAUCUCGACCUAUUCUUCACUCACCGCCUCCGAGGCUCCAGAGCUCGCCUUCGAGCUGAGGUCGCCAGCAGGAUCUGAUGGGUCUUUUGGCCUGGAUUCCGUACUGGAAGAUAUUCCCUAUGAUGAGGCUAUGAUUGUAGAUGAAGUAAGCAAUAUCUUUCGCUCAGGAUGUUUUGGUGAAAGUGAAGAGGAAAUUGUUCUGUCACUGGCAGACGGGCUUGCACUUGAAAGUGAAGAGGACCAGGAACUCUUUUUGGCACUGGCACAUGAUGCACUUCUCCAAGGUUAG